UUAAAUAAUGGUAAUACUCGAUCUGGCGCCGGCGGCAAGGUUGUGAGGAACCGCCGGAAGCAGCGGAUCACCGCCACUCCCUACGAUCGUACUCCGCCCAGUCUGCUGCCGAAAAGCCAUAGCUGGUUUUCCGGUAUAGUUGUUCCCUCCGCCCGCGCCAUCGCUUCUGGCGGGGGGAAAAUCCUUUCCGCCAUCUUCUCCGAGUCCAGCUCUUCCUCUUCCGAAGAUGAGGAUUGCGCUUCAGAAGAUGAUAUAGUCAAUGAUAAUUUUCCUAAGCUCCCAUGUAAUCAAGAAAUUAUAUUAAUCGAGAAAAUUGGGACUUCUUCAGAGACGAUGCAACACGGACAAGAGCCUCAAUCGAAAUUGUGGAUGAGUGAAACCAAGAAGAUGAUUAACAGCUUAUAAUGAGGCAAACCUUUUCAAGUGGAGAGCGUGAUAUGUUGAUAGAGGUUCUUAAUUCACGGGUUAUAGACUCGUCAAUCGAAGCAGGGGGAAAAAGUUCUACUGUUGGCUCUCCAGAUCUUUUGGAUAAAGCUGUUCAGCAAGCUAAGAAAUGGUUCCAAGAGAAGAAGGCAGGGCUGGGUUCAGUGACAGAAUUGGCACAGGGGUCCUCCAACCUUAAUUCAACAAUGAUUAAACAUAACCGGAGGCUUUUUGCCUUUGGAUCAUGGAAUAUUCAGGAAGAACUACAGAGAGUGCGCUCAAGGGCAGAAGAAGAUACGGUCUGCAGUCCAUCAACUAAACCUGAUCCAUCGCACUUUGCAGCUGCACAAAUCAAAAUAGGAUCUGCUGAAGCAUUUGCAGUGGGAGAGGGAUUGACUGAGCCACAGUCUUUAAGGAUACAUAAUCAAGAUGACUUUGUAGAUGCAGGAAUCAGCUGUCUAGCAGGUUGGUUGUUCCAUAACGUAAAUAUCAGAUCUAAAGUCAAGGCACUGCAGUAAGGCUAGUGUAGCACUCUCAUCCAAUCCACGUUAACAAGGUACUUGGGAUAUUUUCUCGUUUUCCUAAGGAGGUUGUAGUAAGUUGUUGGUACAUCUUUUGAGCUUGCGGAACAAUACACCUUGCCAUGGGGCAUUUUGAUGGCACUCUGAAACAUCUGCAUUUACGUUAAUUGGCUCCCAAGGUUCGAGAAUGUUCUGCGUCUAAGCUCAUUCCCUUGCCGAGUGCACAUGAUUUGUUAUCAUCUCAAGUCAGUUUGUCAAGAGGCGUAACUCAGCACAACGAUCAAAUGGAAAACCACAUGCCAUCUACUCCAAAUGUGAAUAUCAACCUUAUCGAAGGUAAUUGUCAGCUUUUGAGCGAAUCUCACGUGGAAGUCCCGAGCAUGAGUAAAGCCAGCACUUCGACGAGUGGUUGUCAGACUAGUUCAUUUGGUAGGAAGGCAUGCAAGUAAAUACUAUAGAAGAGGUAAGUAUACGACGUCGGGAGGCGGAGAAGGAUUGUGUUGUUGAGAGUAUUUGGCCGAAUAGAAGGAUUGUAUAUGCUAUGUAGGAUGAUUUUGUUGAAAGUUUGUUCCUGUCAUUAGCGAGAUGAUAUGUCAACACUUAAAACAGUUAGUUUCUCUUCUAUUCAGCUAAGUACUCUGUUCAUCACUUUUUACCUUACUCCUUUAUUUUUAUUUUUAUUAUUAUUAAUAA